AUGGAACUUGGAAGGAGGAAUACCAAGAAAUACACUUUCAAAUGUCCUGACUUAACACAGUUGAAGAAGCUUGGUUCUAUGAUAGUUAGUCCAGAGGAUUUCAAAGCUCAGUAUGGAAGACUUAUGGGUAUCUUGAAGACCAAGGUUGAAGAUGGAGUUCUCAACACACUGGUACAAUUUUAUGAUCCACUCUACCAUUGCUUCACAUUUCUAGACUACCAACGUAUGCCUACUCUAGAAGAAUACUCUUAUUGGUUUGGUUUGCAAGUCUCUAACAAAUUACCAUUCAGAGGUUCAAAAAAGACCCCUACAUCAGCAGCUAUUGCAGAAGCACUUCACCUAGAAACGUCUGUUGUGAAGGACAACUUCGCUAAAAAAGGAGGGAUUAUAGGUCUAACCUCUAGAUUCUUGUUGGAGAAAGCCUUUAUCUUUGCAGAAGCAGAUAGUAGAGAUGCCUUUGAAGCCAUUUUUUCUCUACUCAUUUAUGGAAUUGUACUCUUCCUAAACAUUGAUGACUUCAUGGAUGUUAAUGCUAUACGAAUCUUCUUAAUUGGUAACCCAGUACCCAUAUUACUUGGAGAUACCUACCAUUCUAUCCAUCACAGGACUAAGAAAGGUGGUGGAACCAUUCUUUGUUGUGCACCUCUCCUAUAUAAGUGGUUUAUUUCUCACUUGCCCAGAUCCAGGCUCUUCAGGGAGAAUCCGCAGAAGCUCAGAUGGUCUCAGAGGUUCAUGUCCAUUGAUCAAGGGAGUAUACAUUGGUAUGACCCCUCCUAUGAUGUUGGAGUAAUUAUUGACAGUUGUGGUGAAUUUCUUAACGUACCUCUCAUUGGUGUACAUGGGGGAAUUAACUACAACCCCAUCCUUGCCAGACGCCAGUUAGGAUAUCCUAUGGCAGCUAAACCCGACAACCUUCUGUUGUCAGGUUUCUUUCACCUCAACGACGAAGAGAGUUUCGGUUUGAAGGAUAGAAUCAUACAUGCUUGGCGCAACAUUCACAGGAAAGGAAAAGACCGAUUAGGAAGAAAGAAUUGUGUUGCUUUUGAGCCCUACACCCAAUGGGUUUGUGCUAGAUCCAGUGAACUUAAGAUGCCAUAUGCUCUUGAGAAAACCUCAUCCCCUUUUGCUAUAACAUCAUCAUCCACCAUUCCUAUUGAGAAUAAGGAAGAGUUUCAAGAAGUUUUGGAUAGGUUGAAAUUGGAAAGAGACACUUGGGAAGGCAAGUACCAUGUCUUGAAUGAUAAGAAGAUGAAGAUGGAGCAACAACUAAAGGAGAAGGAUGAUUUGAUUGAGAUUUUGGAACCACAAGUUGUGAAGAAACAUGAGGAACAAGAAUGUUUACUUCUCUCUAAAGUCCAGCCAUUUCUUGAGUACUCCAGCAUACCUCCCACCUCAGGUGCUUGGAAGGGAAUCGUCGACAAGCUUAUGAUCGAGAAUGCUCAGCUAAAGAGGCAGAAAAUGAAGCAUCAACCAGCAGUAAGACCUUCUACAUAUGAGAUUCCUUAG